GAAUCUUCUAGUCGUUUCCGGAGUGUGAUCGACCUCGCGUCCUCAAGCAGGGGCACCUGCCAGCUUUGGACUUCUUUCUGCCUACAUUUUUGCCAGAUUUCAGACACCUAAACAUGGGUUUCGAAAGAAGAGCGCUCACAUACGGAGAACCCGACGACGAGGAAGAAGAUGCACCUGCAGAGGAGGAGGAGGAGGAAGAAGAAGAGGAAGAAGAAAUGGUGGACCCUCUAGAAACAAUACGAGCAAAGUGUGAGCAGACUGAACACUGUGUGCACUACAAGGAGCGUCUGGAGAUCUGUGAAGCCAGGGUCAGCUCCAGAUCCAGCACUAAUGAGGAAUGCACAGAAGAACUCUUCGAUUUCCUGCAUGCACGGGACCAUUGUGUUGCCCACAAGCUGUUCCACAAUGUGAAAUGACCUGCCUGUCCAGUUACCACUUGGUAGAUAUAGAAUAUAUUUAAGUGUUAACACUGUACAGUAAAAAGAUUUGCACUUAAGUUUGUCCUUCUGUUAUUUUUUAUAAUUAAAUGCAUCCUCACCUCCAGUGCAGACAUGUUGAAAGUGUCAGAAGCAGCAACAACAUUAAGAAUUGCUUAAAACAAAAGCCCAGAGUGUCUCUUAUGAUGUUAGAUCAUAUGCAAAAACAAUUGUGCUGCUCAGGCUUGGUCAUGCAUAAUGUUGUUCUGGCUAGAAAAUAAAGUUUUUCUUUGGUUUA